AUUGCCGACGUCUUCGCAACGUGAGCGUGCCGAAUCCAAGCGAAGCUGAUGCAGAGUCUUCGAUGACGCGGACGUCGGAGUUGCUUGGCCAAGCGCCACUACGAGGCAGAUGCGGUCGCCAGCGCUCUGAGCACGUACCAAGCACAGGGCGACCCCAAUUUGAUAUUGUAGCGGAGCACUCCCAGCCAUGUCGAACAACGUCGUGAAUGUUGUUCUUCUUCUGGCCGUGUCGUCCAGCCUUGCCGUCACCUCGUUGGCCGAGCACGACCGCACUGUCCGCACGUCUGGACCAGAGGAUGAUCUGGCACAGGAGGAGCAUGCUUUUGUGUGCUUUUAACAAGAUCGCGCCGUUUGGCAAGGAGGACACCGCGGCGGCAUGCGGCGCCCCCCAUCCACUGAUCGGCGACGGCAGCCACUGCGGCACUCUCUGCCUUGGUGUCAGGGUAACACGCCUUGCCCGUCGCUUCUUCUCUGGGCGUUCUCGCUCGCCCGCCACCGUUCAUGACGGAUUGCAUCCAGAGGAACAGGGGUGCAAGGCGUUGUCUUGCGUCAUCCACCACGCACAGGACACCGCGAAGGAGCUGCAGGAUCAUGCCGCGAAGACGCAGGACACACUCGUAGACGCGGUCGAGAACGCCGAGGUUGCCGAGAUCAAGCGCGCCGUGUUUCGCGCCCUUACACGGCUACGUGCGGCUACGAUCAAGGAGUUUGACACAAUUGCACGUCUUGAGACGCAGGCCAUCGACGCCUACAACGACGCCCACCACUACCGCGCGGAGAACCCGCUGGCGCACCUUCACGAGGACGAGGCCCCCGUCGAGACGGACAAGCUGAAGUCCUUCCACUGAGGGCCGCCUCGAGCGCGCGAGCGCGAGCGGCCAGGGGAUCGAUCCUGCGGAGAAAGGAUUGCUCCCAGCCUCGGCCCAGGCCCUUUGGCCCGUGCUUCGGUUCCCGCCUUGGCCUCGGCCCCGGCUCCGCCGCCGGCUUCGGUUCGGGCACCGGCCCCCGCUCCGGCCCCGGCCACAGUCCUGGCCCUGGCCCGGGCCCCGAGAGAGCGAGGCGGACGCCGCCCUUGAAGGGGGCGUGUGGCCGAU